AUGGCACUUCAGUCCAGCGGCAGCGCCAUGCGCAUGAUCCACGCCCCGAGCGCCCUUGAUCACCAGAAACCCCCGGGUCUGAACCACAGCAGCGCUCUCAAGCCUGCCGGCAACGCGUCAAGCGAAGAGCUGGCCCUCGACCUUGGCGUGGAAUUGCGUCAACAAGCCUCCCAGCCAAAACCCCGCCACCCAAAUGAGUCCGCUCCGGCUCAUCAAAAAACCAACCCCACUGCCCCCGCCACCUCGGCCCGCUACUUAGCCCCUCCCAACGGCAGCCUUCUCCGCGCUCAUGGCUCUUUUGAAGAGGCCGAGCUCGACGCCCUCCUCCACCAGCCCAUGAGCGCCUUGCCACUCGGCCCGGACGAUGCCGACGAUGACGCCUUUGAGCACGACGAGCAGAACAUCAACCUCAUCACGCCCCAAGUCCCCAUUUCCCCUGAGGAAGAGCGUGCCCAAAUGCUUGCACGCAUCCAGAAGCAGGUCAACUUUUAUUAUGGCGACCGCAACUACCCCACUGACAAGUUUCUCCGAAAGCACACCAAGGCCCACCCAGACGGCUGGGUACCCAUCGCCACCCUAGCCGCAUACAAGAAGAUGAAGAAGCUCACCCAAGACAUUGACCUCAUCGCCGAAGCGCUUGAGGACGUCGACAUUGUCGAACUGUCCCCCGAUCGUCUCAACGUCCGCCGCUGUGCCCCUCCGGUCAAGUCAGACGCCGCCUCCAUCUGCUCCACCACCGUCGUCGCUACAGGCUUUGAUGGUACUUGGAUCGACCUCUCGCGUCACUUGGCCCACUUUGGCCACAUUGUUCGCGCCCGUCGCCUCCAACCGGAGGACCCCCUGCCCGCCGAAGUCCACGAGGUGUGCCCCAACGAGCACCUCCUUCCCGCGAGCCUUCGCCAGCGCACGGGUCCCAUCUGGCUCGUGGAAUACGACUACGCGGACGAGGCCAUGGAUGCCGUCAUUGCCAUGGAGGGCCGUCGUGACCUGCAAAUUGGAGUCUUGUACAAAAAGCCCCGCAAGAAACAAAUUCGGCUCGGCACUUGCCCCUCCCCGACUGCCCUCAUGAUGGUUUCCUCGGGCAGCCGCUCCCAAACGGCCUCGCCCGUGCCACGCAGCCGCUUUAACAGCACCGGCCCCCGACGUGACGGUCGUGACCACAGCCACGACGGUGCACACAACGUUCCCCACCUCCAACAAUUUGUUGCCCGCCAAGAAGAUGACUUUCGUCGGCGUGCCCAAUCACUCGAAAGCCAGCAAGUGCGCCGCCCCAUGCCCACCGACCAGCGCCCUCGCACCCAGAGCACCAACGCUCGUCGCUAUGUGCCUCCCCACGCACGUGGUUCAGAAUCCCCCACCGCGCAUCGGCGUCAACCCGCCAAUGCCGGAUCCACCUGGGCCCCGCGCCAUGGGCCUUCAGCCCUUCAGCGCCAAGCUGGCCCGCAAGCUCCAAUCCCUGCCCGGGCCCCGAGCCCUCAGGGUCUUGCACUCACCUCCCAUCGCCCCACCAACAACUCAGCCGCCCCACAAUCUGACGGCUUUGCAUUGGCGCCGGGCCACGAAAUUACCCAACAACGCCGCCAUUCCAAUUGGCGCGAGGUCAUGACGCCGGAGCAAUUGGCCGCGUUGGGUACUCCCAUCUGA